CACACCUGGGAUUCAAAUCACCUCAUAACUGCCUGUGGCAUUGCAGCAAAUGCAUGUUUGUUUUCAGGAGGAACUAAGAAGCAGUGAUGUGUAGAGGGACUUCCUGUAAUGUAAAGAACAAAGACGCAGAAAAGGAGGAGGAAGAGAAUAAGAGUCAGUUCAGAGAGGAAGCAGAAAGCAGAGGUCAGUGAGGGGAAACAAGCUACAGAUUCAGCAAGAAAAAGGGACAAACUGUCUUAUAUUGACAAGAUGUUUGCUCUGAUUUGGGUAACUCUGCUCUUUACUGCAACAGGUUCAGUGCAGAGCGAUAACAAGACAUGUGACGGCAAAACAUCCACUCUUACUCUAAAACGGACAAACCAAACAGCAGCAGCUGGACAAUGUGUUGUUUUUGAAUGUUCAUUUGAAAAUAAUGUCACCAGCUUUGCUUGGUUCAAAACUGACCAAUCUAGAGAAUGUAACAUACAAAUAUUCAACUGCAAUAAAAAUACCACAUCUGACUCUAAAAUUGGUCUGAAAGGUCGAAUGUCUUUGCUGGAGCCUGAUCUAAAGAAGAAGAACUGCAGCAUCAUCAUCAAAAACCUUACAACUUCAGACACUGGAGUUUAUGAAAUCAGAGCUGUAACUGCAGACAACUGCACGCAUUAUACAAAUAUUACUGUUGAAGUUCAGGAAAGAAAUAUCACAUUAGAGAUCGCCCCUCUGAAGAACAAUAACAUCACUUUGACCUGUUCAGUUCCUGCUUCCUGCUCUGGAUCUAAACCUCAGUUCACCUGGAUGUUUGAAGAAGAAGAAAAGGACAAAAUCCUGCCAAUCACAGACAAUAACACUGAAUUCAUGAUAAAUAUGAUGAAUGCCACACAGAGCCACACCUCAAGCCUGACCUUUAAACCCUCAGCUAAACAUCACAAUAUGAACAUUACCUGCAAGGUCGACUUUCCUGGCAACACACCUGUAGAGAAAACUCUUAACGUGAGCUUUUCCCCCAGGAUCAGCAGCAGCUCUCGUUGUUGGAAUCAGUCAAAUCUCCUGACCUGUGUUUGUAUCAGUGAAGGGUUUCCUUCACCAAACAUCACUUGGCCGCUGUUGGACAGCAUCUCUGAGUACAGCCUGUCAACCAAUGUCUCAGCGCUCUCAGUUACAAGUAACAUGACUGUGAAUUUAGAGACAUUUAGCAACGUUACUGUUGAGUGCGUCAGCAGGAAUAAUAUUGGUGAAACCAAAACAAAUCUUUCCACCUCAGAAGCAAAUCAGCCAGGAAAUUCAAAUCCUGACCAAUUAAAUUAUCAGAUUUUUUUUAGUCGUUUGGCAGAAUUUUUUGAAGAAAAGAUGAUUUCUGUCCUGAUUGUUUUUGGGGUUGGAUUUCUGAUCGGAUCAUUGGUUACAACCGUGAUUGCUUGCCUUGUGACAAAAUGCCACAGAAACAAAAAGAAGAACUCUCAUUCUACCGACGAGCUGGAACUGGUAAACGCUGAAGCUGUUUUCAAGGAUUGGGAUAACGAGAUACCUCGCAUAGAGAAUGAUGGUGUCCUCGACAUAAUGGUACAGGACGAUGAGACCCUCGCUUUCCAGGACGAUGGCAUCCAGAACCAAGCGGCUGCAGGAUGUGAAGAGGAGCUUCAUGGGGACUUGAUAGACUCGGACAUGUCACCAAAGGAAGCUGUGUACUCGGACAUUGACUUCUCUGCGCUGAAAGAGAAGGAUCCUGCAAAUGCCAAAGAGAAGGAGGAUACGACAGAGACUGAAUAUGCUGAGAUCAAGAGAGGGGAAAUGGAGGAGGCGGAAGAAAACGAAGGAAUGGACUGUAAAAUGUUGGAGGGAAAUGAUGAAACGGAGGUGAUGAUAGAGCAUCAGGAGGAGGCAAAAUAGAAUGUGGAGGCUGACCCACUUUAUUACAACAAAAAUGAAGUCAUGGAGGAGAACUGAACACUGUACAUACUCUUUAAAGAAGACAGAUUUGCAUGGGAGAGGCAUUUCCUGCAUUUUUGAGUGCUUAUAUUUAGAACAAGUAUAGCAAGAAGGUGGGUGAAUAUGUAAUGAGCUCUUGAAGAACAAAACAUAAGAAGUUGUUAAAAUCGAGCUUGUACAAAAGAAACGGUAGGGUGAAGGCAAAUCAGAAAAAACCUUGAAUCCUUUGACAGUUUCCAUUUCAACACCUUCAGCAGCUACUUCGUUCUCUGACUAGUCGAAGGCGAUCAAGCUGAAUAAUGGAAAGUUACAUAACGAUGUUUCAGGGUUUUAGUACAUGGCUGACUGGUGUUUGCACAAAGCAAAAAAAAAAAAAUGCAAGUCAGGUUCCAAUUAAGCUUCUUUUUACAAAACAAAUAUUUUUAUGUAGCAUUUUUUUUCUUUUACAAAAACAAAUAUUUUGACAAGCUAUGAUGUGUGUUAUAUUUACUAUGUAUAGAGGAUCAGCUAAAAUAAAA